CACCCGCCCACCCUUUUGACGGCGAUGCGCGACGACGGUGGGCGGCUCUGGGCGCCUAAUUCUUACCUUGAUAUCGGUGUACGCGAGCUAUCGAUGGCGCUCAUGUACCCGAGAGUCAGCAACGACUGUCAGUAUCAUCCUGUCAUUAACGGCUGUGUCACAGACAGUGGUCAACCGUCCCGGACAUAGGAUCAUUUCUCUUCAGCGGUAGACAGUGGUGGGCAGCGGUGGACAGCUUUACCAUGGCUGCCACAUGUCAUGGUCAUGCUCAAGACCUGUCGUCGCCGCACAUGCCUGGGAAGGUGGUGGCUGAACUCGACUUUAUGGCGGAGCAGACAAAGAGCGCGAUUAUUCCCCUGCUGAUUGCCAUUUGCAACUCGCGCGAGGAGGAGGAGGAGGAGGGUGCCGUCAUUGUCGUGAAGAACGUGAUGGACAAGACGCAGUCACUGCUUGGGGGGACGGCUUUGAGCGAUGGCUCAAGGGGAAGCUUCGGUGUGUGGAGUCAGGCGACUCGCCCAUGGCGUUUGCAAGCGAGCAGACUGAGGGGGAGUACAAGCGCACGUGUGUGCGUGUGCGUGUGCAGGAUUGCAACGACGCGACGGUCAUUGUGCAUGUGUCGGGCAAGGCGCCGUGUGUGAUUGCGGCAGCGACUCCAGGGACCAUCUCUGGGCGUGAAGACACGCCCAUUUCUUUCAGUCUGUGGAGGAAAAUGAUGGAAGGGGCUGGCCCUGGAGCGUAUCCCCCGCAGUCGUGGCUUAACAAGACAACGAAGGAUCGGAUCUCGUUGGACAAGAACGGUUGGAUUGUGACUCGAGUGGACCCAGUGCAGGCGUGCCGUGCUGAGGAUGUGCGCAACGAAGCCAGUGAGGAGGGAGAGACGGAGGAAUGGAAGACGGUCGGGAGCGAGAAUGUGGAGGUGGGCAAUGCAGUCAACUCGAUUGUGGGUCAUUGCCGCAACUACGUCCUUCGCUUCCUCAACGCGGCGCUACUGCGUGGCGAUGGGGCGGGCACGGCUGUCCUCCGUGUCGGCGUCGCGGACGAUGGUAGCGUGCCUGGCGUGAAGCUGGCAAAGCCGACGACGCGGCUGAAGAAGAUCUGCAGUGAGCUGGACCGUUUCCUUCUGGGUGUGUUUCCGCCGAUCGUCCCUGGCGCCAUCCAGGUGCGGAUGAAGACGCUGACUGACGUUCCCGGCUCCGUUGUAGUCGAGCUCCUCGUCCACUAUUCACCAGCUACACGUGCGUUUAGCGUCCCGUACUUUUCUGCCAGUGUCGGCGCGACACUUUUCGAUGGCAGCGAGUGUUCUACCCUCCCGCCGAUGGCCUUGUGGUGGCGGCACCGGCCAAUGGCGUUUGAGAGCAGGAUUCAGUCAGUGCUCAAUUCGACCGUCAAUAUGCGCAUUGGCUCGGAGCCGAAUGACGACGAUGACGGCGUCUAUAACCCGCUCGCCGGGUUCGAUAUUGAGUUUGCUAUCGAGCCCGGCUUUCACGUAUGCGACGAUCCGAGCGGCGCGCUUGCUGAUGUGCUCGACUGGGUGGAGGAAGGCAUGGCUGUCACGGCCAUCGUGGUGGUGGACGAGGAGUCGAGCACUGAUGUGCUUUUUGAUGACUUGGCGGCGCUUUGCGCCUUGCUCGGUACUCUUGGAGGUGUUAGAGUUGUUGUCCUCGCGCGCAACGAAGCGAGCGCGAAGCAUGCUCAUGUCGUCUCAGCCACGUCGCCCCUUCCCUGUAUCGGUACUGCUCUCCUCGCUGACUUGUCGCACCCCGGCACGUCUGAGCAGCCUCACUAUUUCUACGAGGAGGCUCCGACCGGUGUGGUGGUCGUCAACAGCGUCGGCCAUCAGAGCAAUGUGAGCUCUGACGACCGUGUGGACGCCAUCCGCACCGCCGCCGAGGCCGGCACCAUUCCUUGGGAGGCAUGCCUCUCUCAUAUAGACGACCGGACGGUGAAGGCCAGGAGUAUGGCACGUACCGCCGUCAUUUGCCGCGACGUUGUCGCCAGCAUUGUGUCAGCAGUGACGUCGUCACGCGAGGUUGUCGUUUAUGGAGACGUGCGUGGCGCCGGAGCAACGACGGCUGCCAUGCUGGCCGCUCUUGAGCUGACUACCUGCAGCAACACCGUGGUCCUCUACGCCACGAACUCUGCAAACAUGUGCGAGUUGGAUGCUUUUGUUGCAAGGCUUGUCAAGGAGAAGGACGUCAUCGUGUUUGCCGACGGCACGAAGCUCUCCGAGUCGAUUGUGAACCGCUGUACGACGGUUGACGUCGUUGGUCCGCUUCAUGUGCGUCAUGAUGUUUGCUCUGUCAUGGUGAGCUCGCGGCUGUCCAAGACGGAGUACAAGACACUUUGCAACCUCCUGUUACUCGGAUACCCUCAGCACGAAGAGGCGAUCAGCACACGGCGUGGAGAGUGGAGGGCGAAGUCGGCAACGGCGGAGAUGUGUCUGUUCUUCCUCGCCGCCGUGUACGGCGAGGUGGCCUCGGUCUCACAUCUGGUGAAUGGGACGCUCAAAGAUGAUUCCCAGUCUCUCGAUCCGCUGGCGGUCAUGGCGUUUAUAGAGCUCUUCUCUGUGUCGGACUUCGAGGCAGCUACUCCUUUCAUUGUAGUGCAGAAUUCGCACCGGUAUGUCGCGUUGCGGUCGAAGCAGGGGGAAAUCCUUGCGCACAACCAAAACACCCGACCCGAGGACCAUCGCCCUGUCCCACCGAUGCCGCUCAUCAUCCACGAGAGAACAACCAUGCGGCUGCUCCGUCGAAGCCAGCAUGGCUUUGUGUUUAUUCACCCGACCGUAGCUCGUCUCGUGCUCAAGAAGUUCGGCAUGCCCCUCGUGUUGGACAACAACAACAACAGGAGCAAAUUGGUGCUCCGUGACGUCGACACUGUGUUGAGCAAUGCUGGCAACCUCCUUUCGCUGCUUGGGGCCACCCAGGAGCGCAAUUUGCUAAUCAGCAUCUCUGGCAACAUCCUUCGCGGGUGUAAGGACAACACUGGGCUCGCUGUAUGUGAGCUCUGCGCCGCCCUCGAGCGCGGCGGAGAGGUAGAUAAGGAGAUUGUCAGGUUUGUACGCGAACUGGGGAAGGUGUUCGACCCUUUUGGCAGUGAUCUGCUCACCGUUGUCCAUCACGUUCUCGUCUCCAAGGCGUAUCGGCGCGCAGCGCAGAAGUAUCGCCGUCGCAACGCGGUGGAGGGUGAGUCCUCAUGCUCGCUGUACAAGCAGUGGCUUUCCAAAGCUGCCGACCACGCCGCGCACGCCUUUUCCGUCUGCGAAGCUAGCGAGGACUCGAUCGUCGUCGCGAAGUGUGUUAUGUGCCAGAACGCGCUCUGCUGGGCUCUUUUCUUGCUCGGCGACAGGCCUCGUGCUGUGGAUGCCCUCGGAUGCCUCAUGCGGCUCGAUCCGCAGAUGGGCCAGAGCACACUGGAUAUUGCGGACAAAAUUAACAAUAUGUAGUAGUGACCUG